AUGGCUCGGCGCAGCCCGGUCCGCUCCCCGGGCAGGGAGGGCGCCGUGAAGGCCGUCAAGGCCGAAGACGUCCCGCCCCCGCAGGUCACUUUCUUCCAGCCACACGUCGGCCAAGUGCUCGUGCUGUUCAGUUUGUUCAGUGGUGGUGAAUCUACUUUAAAGAGGUUUUUACCUAAGAGUCAUCUUUCUAAGGUGAUCAUCCGUGACAACACCAGUGUCCAGCGAGUGCAAGAGAUUAAGCUGAGGCACAUUGAAGACAGCAAAAGGAAGGUGGGCAGUCUCUGUGACCAGAUGAAAAAGAAGUUUGUACAUGAUCAGCAGAAGAAGAUGACCCGCUGGAAGAAUCAGUACAGCAGAUACCAGAGGAUGCUAGAGCAGAUUGAUCAGAGGGCCAUGCUCAAAGCCGGCACCUCAAGCUCUGCACUGGUGGAGCCCCAAAAGUCCAAGUCUUUCUUAGGAUGGAGAUAUAUAAACCCAAAGCAAGGCCGGCUUAGAUGUUAAUUGAGGCUGAAGGAGACAAUGACUUGCCUAAAGGGAGCCCAUGGACAAAGGGGGACAUCUGAACUCUGCUUGUCCAGAUUGAUUGGAUUACAAUCUGAAAGACAUGGCACACAAGGAAAAAGGGACGGGGAAGGAAGAGGAAAAAACAAACUCAGACAGUAGUUCUUUAACCUGUAUAGCAGUUCUUAUAAUUACCAAUUGAAAACAGUUCAGGGGCAGGAGGUGCCCGAUGAAACUGGGCUUUGAGCAGAGCUGAUGGCAAUGAACCCUGACUUUAAUCUCUCCCACUGAUGUAGCCUUGUGAAAAUGGCUGCUGUUAGGUGACAGUUGAUAGAGAGGAGGUCUGAUGGUGCUGGCAGAAUGGAGCGGCCUGAUGGAGUGGACAGAAUGAACCUCACUUAUACAGCCAGGUGUUUCAAUCAUUUUCCAGAGAGGGACCUCUCAAACCCUUGCAAUGUCUCCUUAUUCAGUAGAAGCAGACUUACCCUAUGAAAGAGACAACGGGUUGAUGGGGAAAAGUUUGCCAUUUCACAGCCCCCAAUCUCAUGCCAGUGGUGGGCGAGGCCAGAGGAAAAAUUGGGUAGAACAAUGACUGUCAUGUUACCUUUAUACAGUAGGCUGUUUUAUGUUUAAGAUUUUUUGUUUUUGAGGUGUUUAAAGAUAAUAAUAAUAAAUAAUAAUAAUAAUAAUAAUAAUAAUAAUAAUCGGUUAGUUUCUACAUGCCCCUCCCUGUCCUCCACUCAGGCAGCAAAGAGGCAUUAUGAGAAUUCAAGGAAUCACUGAACACCAGGGCUUGAAUCUUCUUAUGCCUCCUGCACACAGAGUCUACUAACAAGCGCCCUUUUUAUUUCUUUCUAUAUGUGGUCCCAAGAUGGUGAGUCAUCAGCAGAGCUGACUGAUGACCUGGACAGGCAAUAAAUGGUGUCAUUUAUGUAUAUUACUCCAGAGAAAAACUGGCUUCCACCAGACAAGCAUCCAAAAGAUGUCGGGGCCUGACUUGCAAAACCAACACACAUGAUAUGUGAUACACAUUUACAAGGGAUUAAUCCAAUAAGGUUUUGCUCACAUGGGUAUCUACAAAUGUGACCGUCUCAUAUGACCAAACUGGUCUGUACACAACUGAGCUGAGGCUGGCAAGCUGAGUAGUCUAAUCUGACAUCACACCAGAUUUUGGCAAAUACACAUUUCUUUUUUUGUGCAUCUCUCUCACACUUGUGCACAGGAAAGUAGGUGUUUGGCUGUCUUCCAAUAUGGGUU